AUGCUAACGACCUCUCCAACCUCACCCUCUACACAACAACAACCUUUAGAGUUGAUCACUUCGGAAGACUUUCUUCCACUCUCACAGGAUGAUUUUCAUGAUGAGAAUGGAGGAGGACCAGUGCUUCAUCAUCGGUCCAAGAGAGCAUUAUCUUCUUCCUCUAUUCAUAUGGUUCAUAGUAAUAAUAUUGGACGUAAUGUUGGAGCAAAACAUGUUUUUCUCAAAUCACAAGACUAUUCACUCUUUAGAAAAUCCGAGAGAUUGGUAUGGCAAUUGAAUCAUCUUCAUGCUAAUAUUAAUCAAUUAAUAACGAAAAAUCAUGAUGGUGCUGCACAUGAGCAAGUAACCUCUUCUCCUCGUUCUUCAAUGUUGUCGACAACAACAACAGCAAAUUCACCUACUUCUCCUUCCCUAUCCAAUAAUAAUAGCAAAAACAUUCAGGUUAUUUCGGUCUCUAUCAAGACUUGUAAAGAUUUAUCUGUUAGGAAGAAUAGAUUUUUGAAAAACCAUCAACAUGUUGAUUCUCAUCAUCACCAUCAUAAUUCAUCUUCUAUGGAUGAAUCUACAACAUUUACGAGUGGAUUUAUGCACUCUUCAGAAUAUUCUAUGGAUAGAAAUUCAAUGCAAAAUUCACCAACUACAACAAUUUCUGAUGAAUCCUAUUUAAAUCAAUUUCCAUUUACUCAUGAUUCUAUUCCUAGGAGUAUGAGUAUUGAUCAAUUACAUCAAGCCACAAAUUCAAAUAUUGUGAGGAGUAUUAGUAUUGAUCAGAUUCACUAUGGAGGAAGUAAUCAACAGGGAGGUGGUGUUGUUAUUCUGCCACCAAAUUUCUAUAAUGGAAAUGAAUCAUCACCAAAGUUUAACCAAUUUCAUGGACAUCUUGAUACCAUUGAGACUGUUAGUUCGACUGCAUCAACAGAGGAAUUUACUGAGGAUUUAGGAAUAGAACUUUUACCAACUUCAUUGGUUCAUACUAUUUAUUCAAAAUACGGAAUUGUUAUUACUGUGGAUAUUAGUCCUUCUAUGCUUGCAAUUGAUACAACAACAGGAGAAGUAUUAUUCGACAGAGUAUUCAAGACAAUAUCGAAUAUUUUAACACAUUUAACACAACCAAUUAUUGUACCAAAUUAUUCGGAGGAAAUUUUACCAGAGCUUCAUGUUUCUUGUAUUGCUAUUGGAAUGGCUGGAAGACCAGUUUAUUGUCUCUUUCAAGAUUAUCAUAUUACUUCGACAAAUCUUGUGGAGGUUCUAGGAAAGGUUUAUCAAAAUUUAUGCGAAACUGAAAAUAUGGCUUCAAAUGCUCUUAGACCUUCUCUUAAAAGUCUUUCGGAGACUUCUGAUUCUAAAUUCAAUACUUACAUUUCUGAUUCGAUACUGGCUUUUGACUUUUUACCAAAAGAUGCAUGCCCAAUUUUCCUUCUCAUUAGUGAUAACGUUUUCAAUAUUUCUGAUUUGACUCCUGAAACAAUACUGAGCAUUAAUCAAAAGGAUAUUAGUUUUGCAACAAUUAAUAUCACCAAUCAAUCCCAAGGGGCUUACUUAUAUAGUUAUCUGCCUGAUUCUGAAUUGGUAGAGUCAUUUAUCGCUUGUGUGGAUGGUUACUAUAUUGAUUAUGAGUAUAUUGAAGAAGUUCCAUCAGAAAAUGAUAGAAAAAAGACUAAUGCACUCCAACAUGCAUUGCUAUUCAGGCCAACACCUGUAUUGGCAGCUGAGAAUGAGAGUUUAAUCAUUUCUGCAGGAGAAGGGAGUGUUUUCACCACACAGACCGAUAUAAAAAAGGAUGUAAAGAAGGGUUAUUGUGAAUCGGAAAUCCUUGCCUACAGUUUGAAUAUGACCAAUGUGGAUUCCAUCUUGAAAACUAGGGCAAAACAAGGUUUCAAAAUUAUGGACUUGAAAUACGCAACAAACACAGACUCUCUUACCAAGUUCAAGGCAGAAGAGGAAAAACUCGAUUACAAAUCCAUCAAAAUGAGUUUACUUUAUAGGAGAAAUAUUGAAAUUAUUUACAGAAUGCAAAUAGAAAGAACAGAUGUUCUCAAUGAAGAACAAGAUUUACAAAUGCUGUCGAGUAGUAAUUUUACUAAUUUUGCACUCACCAAACUAAAAAAUUUUAAAAUUGUGGUGACAAUCACAGCAUUUAUGCACAAAUCCAAUCAAGAAAGAUUCAAGAUGUACUUGAAAAAGAAAAAUAAGGAGUUGUCCUUCUUCAAAUCAGUGCAGGACUUUAUUCAAAAGAUCAAUAUCGAGGAUGUGCUGCUGGAGCAAUAUCAUAAUCUUGCUGACAAUUGCUCAUGCACCAACAGAACACCUAUCAGAAAGUUAGACCUUUCAAAUAUUAAUUUUGAACAUGAGAAAGACUUUUUAUUUGAUAGACAAACUUUGAUGCUCUCACCUCACAAUGACGAGCAACACUUACACAGAUCAGAUUCGAUAAUUCAAAAGAUUUUGACCCAAAUUCAAUCAGGAACAACGGAAAUUACCACUGUUCAAAAUCAUAUUUCAAUACUGAGGUCCCUUUGUGACAACAGUUGGUCUUCAACAAAAAUAUCAGACGAUUUUUACAUUUUAUUCCUCUCAGAGCAGGAUUCCACCUGUUACCUGUACGAGUCUGUAGAUGAUACUUCUCUAUUAAGCAUGGAAGAGAAGGAUAGCUGUGUUUCUUCUGGUUUUUGCCUUUUGAAACUGCUGAGUAAUUUCAAUUCACCAAUCGAGAUUCAAUUCCAAUUCUUUAAUGUUUCUUCCUUCACAAUUUCUAGAAUUAUUCGACAAUUCAAAGAAAAGAUAACAAGGACAUUCCAUCAGAAAGGAAUUUCAGCCAAUUUCUAUGUGAGUGAACACUUCCCAGAUAUUGCUUCCAGGCUGCCCAACUGUAGAGAGGAUGAAUCACAGUAUAAUCAAUCACUCUACUCUGCUCCUCCACACUAUACUUCAUAUAUGAAGCACAAAAAUUGGGUAUGGUCUGUUGGUGGCAGAUUGAAUGUUGCUGGAAUAUUGUCCUCCAUUUUCUCUCAGAGAUUUAGUGAAGGUUUCUCUUUAGUUUCUUCAAAACAAUCUAUUGUAUUUGUGAAGGAAUUGGAAAUGAUGAAAAGAAACGCCUUCAACGAUGCGGAAUAUCUUUCUAAAUUGUUGGUCUUUUAUUGUAUUCACAUCCUCAAGAAAGAAAAGAAGCUGAUUACAGAACUUUGGAUUGAGCCACAAUCAGGUUAUGUGACCCAUUCGAGUGGUGCUCUCUCUGAUUCUUCCCAAUUUUACACUGAUUUGUGUGAUAAUUGGUUUUAUAAUUUGGAUUUGCAAAUUAUUUCUCUAUUUUCAACCUUUGAAUGUGUUGUUACGGCAUGUAAAUCCGGGAAAGGAAAUAAUAACAAUAUUGCCGUAUUCCAAGCUGAAAAGAAUAAUCUUCCGACCCCUUUCAACCUAAAGGGUAUUGUUGAUAGAUCUGAGAAGCAAGACCUUCAAUUCAAGGUCUUUAAAAUUUCAAGUGAAUCAGAGUCGGAAUUAUGCAAGAAGAAUAAUAUUUUACUCUAUGACAGACUCAUCAAAUUCCUUAGUAAUAUCAAUGAUGUGGAAUUGAACAUUGAUAGGAUUCCACUCAAUUUAAAUACCAAAUCAAGAUGUUUUGCAAGAGUGUUUGAAACUGUUGGCUCUGAAAGACAAAAGGACUUUAUUUUAACAAUCGUUCCUGCUCAAGUGAAUGGAGAGGAGUUAAACUUCAACAUUAUUGUAUGUGAAUGUAACGAGGACCAACUUUUAAACAUCGAGAAUCUGAAACGUAAUGAGGCAAUUGAAAAGUUAGUAUGUUCCAAGAAUGGACCUCUAAAUGUGAAGGCACACCCAAUGCUAAUGCACGAGGAGGAGCAAGCAUUUUCUUCUUCUGCUUCAUAUUGUGAUUUUGUUACUAAUCUUCACUCCUACAGUUUAUCUUAUGGAGUUUAUAAGCAUCUUAACCAAAAACUUUUGGUUGAUAGAGAAAAUAUUGUAUCUGCUGUUGAAUCUUGUUACGAAUAUAGGGAGGAAAUUGACUUGUCUGAAUUCUUUGAAGCAAUACUAUUGGCAAGAAGUUACUUCUUCGAGAAGGGAGAAAAUGGAAUAAGUCCAUGCGAAUCAAUGGCAGCCUCCUUCAAGGCUAUAAUUGAAAAGUACUUUGAUGAUAUCAGAGGAACUAAGUAUCAUUACUAUUUGAGAGAAAGUUCGAUACCAAAAACUAAGAAUCAGACAACCACUACUACUAAUCCAAAAAUUCUCAAGAAGAAGAAUAGUGCCAAGAGCUUUGACCAUUUAGAAGAAAUUGAGAAUGAAGAUUUUGACGCUGAAGCUUCUGAUGAUGAAAUUAGCAGUUUCCAUAGCGAAGAGGAUGAAAUUCACUCCAUCUCAACAAGUAUAUCUGCUGGAGCAAGAGCAGAUACUCAUCCUCACUCAGAUCAUGCUUCUGAUUCAUUAACAGAUAGUUCUGGCUCUUCACUGACUGAUACAUUCAACUCUGUAGAGUUGGAAAAUUCUACCAUCCCAGUGUUCAUGAGAAUGGAAUGUGUUUUAUCACCAAUUGAGAGGGAUCACGAUAGUUGGAAUGAACUUGAUAAUGACUCGGAGAAUAUAAGUUCCACUAUCAAAGUACCUAUUAAGAAACUGCCAAUUGACAAAAUUGCCAGUACAAUCAUGUCUAGCAAGGGUGAAUUUGCUCAAGUAUUAUCUGCAUUUUCAAAGGACGAAGAUAGUGAAGAUGAAGAAGAGGAACCUGAGAGUUUCACUCGUUCUAGUAUGGAUUUGGACUGGAUUAACUCUUUAAACUCUGUAAAGACUUCUCUCAGACUCUAUUGUAUUACUCUUCCACCUGAUAAACACUUUGCGGCUGUGAAUGGAUUCGAACCAGCCAAGAAGGACUUACUCAUGAUGUUCAGAAAUCAUGUAACUGAAAGUCAGUUUGCCUAUGCAAGAAGUGUAUUCGAUGUCGAAGAGGAUUCAUCAGCUGAUGUACCAACAGAUGAAGCAGCACCUUACCUCGACAAGGGAUACCUGCCAAGACACAUUCGAAGAAUAAUGUCUAGAACUAAUAAGCGUCUCCAAGCUCUUAUUUCCAAAGAAAUUUUGAAUGCUCUCCUUAAAACUCAUCCAAUCACUUCAUAUUCAAUCAAGAAGGUUUUUGAUAAUAUAGAGAAGUUGCCAACCACCUGUUACCAAAAACACUCAAUCCCUCUCUUUUUCAUCGACCCUGUUGAAGGAUUGAAAUUAUUCCACCAAGAAAUGGCCAAAUGUAAGAACUUGGUCUUUAAGAAUAUUGAAAAUCACUACAUUCUUUACUUUAGAAAGAGAAAUUGUUGUUCCAAGCAUACAAUAUUUGAGGAUUUUGAUAAAGCUUGUGAGCAAGAUGCAACCUCUGAUAAUAACAAGUACAAUCUCUACAAGAAGGAAUUGGAUGAUUUGGAAAUGGUUAUUUUUGAUAACGAUAUUGAAAUGGAAAGAUCUUGUCUGGAAUUACCCUUCUGGAUUAUAUUAAGGGUGGAAAACAAAAAAUCCAUGUCAAUGCUGUUUUAUUCACCUACUGCAUUAUCCACUAAACAUGCCAAUGAUGUGGUUAGUGUUGUUUUCAAGGCAAUCAGUGUUAUUUGUAAGAGAGUGAAUACUCUGUUACUUCUUUCCAAUUUACAUGAUACCAGACUUUGUAGCUCCCUCCUAUUACCCUUCAGAAAGGAAAAGGAUAAGAAGGCUCUUCAAAAUGAAAUCAAUACUCUAGACAAGAAACUUAUCAGAAAGGACAAUGAAAAACCAAAUCCAGAAAAAUUCAAGGAAGGAGACUUUGCUUGUAGAAAGACAUAUGAAAUUUCUUUCCCUCUUCAUAGUCGUUUGACUACUGCUAUGGCUAUUAAUCACUUGAAUCAAGCAGUUUUUAAUCCGUUCAUUGUUGCUAACAGAAGUGAAAUGUUUGUCUACAAGGAAAGAAGUGGUAGAGUUUUCUAUUUGCAACUAGUUGAUGGUAACAAGCAGGUAGAUGUAUUGUCACCAACCACUGAAAAGUCUCCUGAAAUACCAGAACAACCUGAACAAUCCGACCAAGAAUUCAAGACGAAAUUGAAAGAUUACUCACUUUCCUUGUCAAGUAUGGGUCAAUAUUUGUAUGCUGAAUUGGAUUUGAAGAAUAAGACAUCCUCCAUAGUUUUGGAAGUCUAUGGUGUCUAUUCUCCAAGUGCGGAAAUUACUGCACAAUUGAGAAAUCUUAUUGAAGGAAAAUUAUCUGCUCUCACUAUGAAUAUUAUUUCCAAUUUAUUAUUGAGAAACAGACAAUUCAAAGUUACAGUUGAAGAUUUGGAGUUUAUUAGACCAUUACUACAAAAACCACAAAAAAGUGUGUUAAUCAAUAUUCCAAAGUUUAUUAACAACAAGCUCUUGUUCAUGCUAUUCCUCAGGAAUAACAUGUUGACCUUUAUGAAUCAACUCUAUUUAUCUAGUAGUGAUGACUCUACUGAUAGUAACAAUCCUCAGGCCUACAUGUCAUUUACCGAGGACGAGGAUGAUGAUAUGGUAUUUAAAGCUUGGGACUUUUCCUUCUUGUUCAACUCUGUCACACAGAAUACCUUCUCAAGAGCCAUGACCUCAACAGUGAAUUGCAGAGGUAUAGCUUGUGUACAAUUAACAUUACUGAAUCAAAAUGGAGAGAUGGUUACAGUUUUCCCACCUAUGAAGGAGUCAUAUGUUUGCGAUUUGACAGGUGUCUCUCAGCUUGGAAACUUGCAAGAAGAACCUGCAAACAUUCCUUACACAGAUUUUGGUGCUCCCAUUUUAAAGAAGGAAGGCAGUAACUCUGACUCUGAAGAUGAGGAUGACGAGGUAGGGACAACAACAGAAGUAUCUUCCAAGUCAUUGUCAAGUGAGAAUGGAAAGAUACUGUUCGAGUUUUGGAAGAAGGGAGAAGUUGAUAUUCCUUCCCUUUUAGAAAAGAUUGUUCAAACUGUUAACCAAUCUGUUAUUGAUUAUAUUGUGGAAUGUGGACUAUUUACAAACCCUUUGAGUUUGGAAGGAUUCAACAGAUACUUUUUAGCUAGAUUACAAACUCAAGCCAUCAAAGCCUCCAGAAUUGAUUCUCCAACACUAACUGAACACAGAGCAUCUAUUUUCUUACCAUUAUGGGAAAUGGGACGUUUUAUUGGAGAUCUCUACAACUUACUCUCUGUAUACAGCUUUAAAUUUAGACCAGUUACAUUUGUCAGCACAGACGGAAGGCAAAACUUUGUCAAAUACUCUAGAAGUGAAGAUUUCACAGAAAAGUACCACUUGAUUGAUUCUAACAAUGUUUGUUUUGCCAUGAUAGCCGGUAAUAUACUUGUGCAAAAUAAUGAUAGAGUUAUUAAUAUUGGUGAAAAUAUCAAGAUUGGUGAUAUAAUAUCAUUGGAAGGAUUUAACUAUAGAAAUUCAUUCAAAUAUAAUAGAAAAUGUUGUAUUGUCAUUAUCCUCACAAGUGCUGAGCUCCAAGUAAUAGCUUACAACUGGAAGUCUCCUCAGUUUGAAAAAUUCAAAUAUCACUUGCAUCAAACUGUCUCAUGGUUGAGAUGUAGAGCUCACUUAUUGAAUAGCAUUCUCCAUCAAAAACUUGGUUUAUUCUAUCACUCACACUCUAGUAACUUGGUUUCAAUUCCAUCAAAUCCUUUAAAUCCAAGUCAAAGUGGAAAGCCACAAAAGGAAGUUCAAUUCGCCUUCAACAAUAUUGACCUCUUGAUUUAUAACAAACAAAAUGCACCAGUAGAUCCUAAAACUACAACCACAAUCAGGAGAAGUACUACAACACCUUCCACUCCAUCCACCAUGAAUGCACCAAAACAAAUGCCUGAUGUUAGAGGACAAAUUUACAAUAGAUUCAAAACACCUCAAACCACAACACCAAUACAAGUAGCAACAGUUGAGGUAAAGAGUGAAGUUGCCAAACCUAUCAGAAAGGAAAAGAAGCCACAAUCCAGCAAGAAUCAAUUUGGUUCCUUGCUGAAAGGAAUUUAUGAUCUAGAUAAGAAUCCUGGCAGAUAUUUGAGUAGAAGAACCCCAGUAGAAUCAAAGAAAGAUCAGCUCUUAAUUCAUGGUCUCCACUUUAAGCACAUUGUCCACCAAAAUUACAAGAAGAAGGUGGAACAACAACAAGUUUCUAAAAUUUAUGGAUUUUGGAAUAACAAAUCCUACUCUACUAGUCUCAAAUCGAAAGAUUUCCAACUCAUUAAGAAUACUUCGAGAUUGAUUCACUUCUGUAGAGUACCUCUCUUGUUCAAUCCUUUAAGAAGAAUACUUUUCGAUCCAUCCUCAUUUGUAUCUUCAAGCUCUGCAGCAAUUAUUCAACAGAUGGAUCUUGGUAAUACCUCAUCCUUUGAAGAUACCCAAAAUAAUAAUUUACGUGAAAUUGGAUACCACAGAAAGGUAUUUGAAUCUUUCCUUAGCGAAUAUGUUGAGUAUGUCAAAUCUUUGGAUAUUUCUGAUGUGUUUUUGAAUCCAUCCGAGCAGAACGAUAUUCCUUCAACUCCUGGAGCAGAACCAAACCUUCAAAUUUCAAUCACAAGAGAAAAGCAACCAAAACAACCUACUCCAUUGGUUCAAGUCGUUGGUAACCAAAUUAUCAAACUUCAACCAACAACUAUUUAUUUCCAAAAACAAAUGGAUGAAGGUGUCUUGUUUUUGGAGCUUGGAUUGGACAGUAUUUAUGCCUACUUGAAUGUCUAUGUAUCCGAUACAGUGUCUCAAAAACCUUCAGGAUUGAUGCAUAAUCGUUCUUCUUCCAGAGGAGAAUUCUUGAAGAAAGUCAGUCAAUUCAAACACUCACUCCACAUGAAUUCAUUUUCUUAUGAUUUCCAUUUGAGAAACUUUUUGAAUUACCUCACUACAGACUAUUCUGGCUUUCCUCCUUCUCUCAGUUUUAUGUGCUUGUUGAAGGACUUUGCUCAAUUCUAUCCAAAGCCACCUCCUCACACCAGAAAUAUUCUCCACUCUCAUCAUAUCGUAUUUGAAAAUUCUAAGGACAUUGCCGAUAUUAUGAGAGAAAAGGCCAACAUAAAGGCUAGUGGAAAUUUGGAGAGAAGAGAAAUAUUGAAUGAUCCUUUCCAUUUCUUCUUUGAAUAUAUUUGCAAGAAUUCUGAAAGAUAUCGUGUCAAGUUCAACCAAAAGAGUAAGGAGUGCUUUAUUUUGGAUACCUAUAUUUCACAUGAUGAGGCAGACUACUCAUACUCUGUCAUUGUCACUAAGAGUAUUGAAAAUUCAACUUCUCACAUCUCUCCUUCAAGUCCAAUGUCUGAAGAAAUGUAUGAAAACUCUACAAUGAAUCUCACAAUGUACAUUGUCUUUGCAGAUGCUACCAAUAGACAUCCGUAUGAUUCUGAUGUUGAAGGUUCCAAAGAAAACAUGUACAAGAUUGUCACUCAAAUGGCUCAACAAUAUGAGAGAAAACUUCUCAACCUUCUCCACAGCGUUAAGGAUUCAUUCAAGCUUGAUAUUUUGUGGGAAAUGGCUCUCAAUUUCAAGAUUAGUGAAAAUCUCUUCAAUGACUUGGACGCCCUUUGGAUCAAGACACCUAUUACCGAUUAUGAUUUUACAUUGUCCAUAUUUGAGGCCAACUAUAUACCUUGGAAUGAUGUCAUCUCAGAGUUGUGGAAUAUUUAUGGAGGAGAAAGGGCUGGGAGUAUUUUCAAAAAGGAUGGCACUGCUCAACACUUGAUUAUCACUCCAGACAGUAGUGCAACAGGCCAAAAUUACUUACUUCACAUUAACUAUUCAAUCCUCUCCAACACUAUCUCUUGUUAUUUGUGUAAGAAGAGAUUGUUACAAGAGCCAGAAUUACUACUAGAAUUACAACAACGAUCCAGCUCACCAAAGAUUGAGGGUGUCACUAUUCAAGAUCCAAGAAUACCAAAUGAUCAAGAACAAGAUUUUAUUGGAACAUUUGUGAAUCGCGUUUGCUAUGUAUUGUAUAGACUUUCCUUCUAAGAAAUAAUCAAAAGUAAUAGACGUUCUCUGUUAUCCUUGAUGUUUCACCAUUUCCAAACCGUAUCUUAUCACAAGCAAAGUGAGUGAAUAAAAAGGCUAUGAUUACUGUGGCGCCAAGUUUCACUGUAAAUCCAUCCGUUGCA